GUACCUUUAAAAUUUUUAUGUGGCAGAAGGAAGGAAGAAGACUAGCUUCCCGGUUGACUGAGAAUCUGACAGCCGACUUCCCUACCCAGCCGCCCGAAACUCGCCGCCCGGGGCUACGUCUAACUGCUCGGGCUGCACCGCUGCGCGCAACAGAUGAGCCUGAACUUCCCCGGGUAUGUCCGCUUCCUAGACCCGACAACUCUUCCGCGGGGUAAAAACGCCCGAGUGCUUCGGCGUGAGCUCUAAGCUUUAAAAUCAGUUCUCCACUGCCACAUGCUAACCAUCUGCUGAUUUGGAGGCCGAAAACCGUCGCGUACCCGUCAGCUUUGCAAGCGAGGACCAGGUUUAAAAAAAAAGUGACUGCCCAAAUAUGAGAGAACUAAAUGGAAGAUGUGAGGUAUGUUUGCACCUACGGGACACUCUGGACAUUCAUUGUUCAAUCCUUUAUAUCAACCAUGAUAAAGUUUUCCUUAAAAUUGCACUAAUAAAAUUUCUUUUGUCCUUAUUUAACAAAAUGUUCUUGCAAUCUAAUCAGAAGACAUCAACUUUUUAAUAUUUUUAACAAAUAGGUUAAAAACUCACUGAAAUACUUCAUCUGGAAGAUUUUUGAACAGGUUAAAAAUGUUCCCAUUUUUUAAUAUGCACAUAGGAGUUUUUAUCGCUAACAUAUCAUUUUCAACAACAGUAUACACAAUGGUAAAAUAUUUCCAAAUAUCCAUUUUCAAAAUACACGAUUUACUCUUGAGAAUCACAUUAGUUCUUACUUAAAGUUAAAAAUGUCAACUUUACCUUUACAGAUUAUGUUUAUUACGUCAAAAAUAUCUGCCAAACAUUAAUAAAAAAAAAAAAAAAAACUGCCAACUAGCAAACCACCGACAGCCACAUGCCUCAGAAACUGUGAAUUUGCAAUACUAGUCUUAUGGCAAAAACACUGAAUACCCUGUCUCUUAAGUUGUAAAACCCUUUAUUUUACAAAACGUGACUAGUACAUACGAAACUUGCUCACAAUUACUUCUGCUUCCAUUACAGAAUGAAGAGUCUUGUGUAUUUAAAAAUUCUGUGUUUGUUCUAUUACUGUAUUUGUUUUAAAAGUUAUCCUCAUCAAUGUCAUCUUCUAAAACUUUAUGUCCUCCAGCAAUGACUUCUUCGUAAUGAUAGCUUGCCCGUAAAGGGAGUAGAAAUGAAAAUCACCCUGGAUCUAUCUCUGUGAAUGUAGUAAUUGGCGCUGACCCUUUACACAUGAAAAGUAAUCCUGAAAUCAUGGGAAUUUUCUGAGGAAGAGCACUCCUAAGAGGAAGAAAGAUGUUCUCUCAGACCUGAUAAUGUCCCUGUUUUGUGGAACUGCUUGCAGGAGAAAAUCUUUUUUGUGCUAUAGGCUGCUGUCAACUUUUGUCACUAAGACACGGUAUUUAUUUGAGCUGAAGGAAGAUGAUGAUGCAUGUAAAAAAGCCCAGCAGACAGGAGCAUUUUACCUCUUUCAUAGCCUGGCUCCUUUGCUUCAGAAAUCAGAACAUCAAUACCUGGCCCCCAAGCAUAGCCUAUUAGAGUUGGAAAGGCUCCUGGGUAAGCUUGGACAGGACACACAAAGAAUAGAAGACUCUGUGCUGAUUGGAUGCUCUGAACAGCAAGAAGCAUGGUUUGCCCUGGAUCUAGGUCUAAACAGCUCCUCUUCCAUAAAUGCUUCCUUACAGAAAUCUGAAAUGGAGAAAGAGCUCAAAGGGUCUUUUAUUGAGCUGAGGAAGGCUCUAUUUCAGCUGAAUGUGAAGGAUGCCUCCUUGCUAUCCACGGCUCAGGCUCUUCUCCAUUGGCAUGGUGCUCAUCAGUUUUGCAGCAGAAGUGGGCAGCCCACCAAGAAGAAUAUGGCUGGCAGCAAGCGCAUGUGCCCUUCCAAUGAGAUCAUCUAUUAUCCACAGAUGGCUCCUGUGGUGAUCACUCUGGUGUCAGAUGGGACUCGCUGCCUGCUUGCCCGCCAGAGUUCCUUUCCCAAGGGAAUGUAUUCUGCCUUGGCAGGUUUUUGUGAUAUAGGUGAAAGUGUGGAAGAGGCUGUCCGGCGAGAAGUUGCAGAAGAGGUGGGAUUGGAGGUGGAAAGACUGAAGUACACUGCUUCCCAGCACUGGCCCUUUCCUAAUAGCUCUCUCAUGAUUGCUUGUCAUGCAACUGUGAAGCCAGGGCAGACAGAGAUCCAGGUGAACUUGAGAGAAUUAGAAGCAGCAGCCUGGUUCAGUUAUGAUGAGGUGGCCACAGCCCUGAGGAGAAACAAACGAUAUACUCAGCAACAGAGUGAGGCUUUCGCAUUCUGGUUGCCCCCCAAGUUAGCCAUUGCCCACCAACUGAUUAAGGAGUGGGUGGAAAAACCAACUUGUUCUACCCUGCCUGUUUAGCUCAGAUCAGGCCACCUAAUCAGAUAAAUCCCUCCUCACUGUCUCAGAGGGCACAUCAGAGAGCAGCUGAUAAAGAGGAGGUGACAAAAGGCCAUCUCCAGGCUAACCUCGUAAUAAGGCAGAGCAGAGGGUGAGCCUGCAUCAAGAUACCUCUGCCAGCAAUGUUAACAAAAGAAGUUCCUACUCACAGGAAACCCAAAAUGCCAAAUCUGACGAAAUGACAGUUGUCAAAAUCAGAGGGAAGGUUGAAGCAAUAGAUGUAGGCCCUUGUUCACUCAUAUUCUCCUGUGCUUUGGACUUUGUGUCUUGUUAAUGCUGUGUUUAUACUAACUGCCAAAAUAUGCCUGGUAUAAUUUUGGUUAAAACUUGUAUCUUAGUAUUGAAAAUAUAUAGCAAAUCUCAACCCACUACUGAGUUACUUUUUAUCCUUGUAUAAUUAAAAAAAAAAUUUUAAAUAGCACAACAGAACACUUUUGAAUUUAUGUAGGGGUAAUUAUUUUGUACAUGGUAGUUAAAUAGCAGUCAUAUUGAAGUCCUUCAUCUGAAAGGAUGAGGAAAGUGGAGUGAAGGUCUUCCUUAGGGUACUCUGUAAUACAUAGAUGCAGUGAGGUUCUGUUGAGGUAACUACGUGCCAGUGGGGCUCAUAUGGGUAAGGGUUUUUUGCAUGUUACUUGCUUGGUCUGGAUCCAAGGAAAAGAUUAUCACUUGCCAUGCCUGUUUUCCUAAGUGUAAAAUGGUUGUUGCCAUUUGCACACUCAGUAAAGGCAGUAACUUCAACUAAGGGAUCAGUGAAGAUGAACCACUUUUUGCAUUUUAUGGAAUAAACUAAAUUUAAGAUUUCUCAUCAUUCAUAUAUGCCAUUCUUUACCUUGUCACAGAGGAGAUGCUUUUAUCUGGAGGUAAUGAAAUAAAUUUCUGUAUCUUUGUUCAGAUGUAUUUUUCUGUCUUAAAUGAGAAAGCUGUAGAAAGUGAGAAUUAGUGAGAAUUGGGGGUGGGAGGGAAUAAUCUCUCUCUCUUUUUUUUUUUUUUGGUCUUUUUGCCAUUUCUAGAGCCGCUCCUGUGGCAUUUGGAGGUUCCCAGGCUAGAGGUCGAAUUGGAGCUGUAGCCACCAGACUACACCAGAGACACAGCAACGCCAGAUCCGAGCCUCGUCUGUAACCUACACCAGAGUUCAUGGAAACGCCGGAACCCGCAACCUCAUGGUUCCUAAUCGGAUUCGUUUACCACUGAGCCACGACGGGAACUCCAGGAAUAAUCUUUUUAUCAGUGUGACAAACAUUUAAGACUAGGUUCCAAGUCUGUGGAAUGACUAAAGCAGUGUUCAGCAGAAAUAUGUUUAGAGGUCCGUUUGAAAAGAGGAAUGGCUAGGGAAAGAACUGUAUCUUCAGGUGCUUUUAGGCACUAACUUGUGAUUAAAGACACAAGUGGCAGAGGCUCUAAGAUUAUUCACACAGGACUAAGCAAAAGAGACUCUAGAACUAGAAAGGUUGAAACACUGAAUUUCCUUUUGAGCCCAAAGGUUGUUGCUCUCACCAUUGCCUGCAAACCAUCAUUGCUUUGGGGAAAUCAACUGCCUUCAUCCGGAAAUGUUGAGGCAUAACGUGUGAUGGGACUUGAUUGUCCUUCAGAUUGGCAGCUUGUCCUGACCUGGGCUGAACCCAGCAUGUGGAAGGGAAAAGCACUCGUGAAAGAGAGGUCCUGAGAUUUCUUCAUAUCUUGCAGUUAGAAGAAAACAGUUCAGGGUCCAUGUGUAAUGCCAUCUCCCAAUGUUUUCUAUCUCUGUGUGGGUGUUUGUGAGCACAUGUGUACACAUCGCCAGUCUGAAAAUACUGAUAAAAAGGGGAGUGUGCAGGAUUCCUGUUAUGUGUUUGUCAAACUUACUGUGGACUGUUUGCUUUCCGAUUAAUGUGUUGUUUUGGAAAAGAAAAAAUAAAAGUGGCUAAUAGGAGGAACAAA